AUGGAGUCUCACAAUGGCGAGGCUGAUGACUUGCCUCCUUUGAUUGCUGGUGUUGAACCACUUAAAGCUGAUGAAACAAAGGCGCCAUUGAAACCUAGGAGCCUGGUCCAGAGGAAUGGCUUUGGCAGAAAGGGGCAGCUGAUAAAGCUGAUAACAAAUCACUUCAAAGUUUCUCUCAUGAAUGCUGAAGAUUAUUUCUAUCAUUAUUAUGCCAAUUUGAAGUGUGAAGAUGAUACACCGGUUGAUCGCAAAGGGUCGGGAAGAAAAGUGAUCGAAAAACUGCAGCAAAUUUAUGCUGCUGAACUUGCAAAUAAAGAUUUUGCAUAUGAUUGUGAGAAGAGCCUGUUCACAAUUGGUGCUCUUCCUCAAGUUAAAAAUGAGUUCACUGUCGUGGUUGAAGACUUUUCAACUGGAAAGACUCCUGCAAAUGGCAGUCCAGGCAAUGACAGUCCUCCUGGAAGUGAGAGGAAAAUGGUCAGAAGGCCUUACAAUACAAAGACGUACAAGGUUGAACUCUCUUUUGCGGCAAAAAUUCCUAUGAGCGCAAUCUCACAGGCCUUGAGAGGUCAGAAAUCAGAGCACAGUCAGGAAGCAAUUCGAGUGAUUGACAUUAUUCUGAGGCAGCACUCAGCUAAGCAGUAUGUAGUUUCAUGCAAUUCUGAGGGCAUAUAUUACAAAUAUUGCUGA